UGUUUUGCGGGACGACUUGAUAUUGUUGCGAACAUCGAUUUCGAGCAAAAGAUAUAGACCAUUGUGGUAGAACGGAAAGAAAGAUGGCGGCCUCAACUACAGAACGAAUUUACCACCAUCCCUCCAAGCGGCAUGUGGAUAUACCUCCCGUCGAUCUGCUCACAUUGCUCUUCGUCCUGCACAUCGAAGCCGCCGACCCAACCAACAAGAUAACCAAGGCCCAACUCCGGCUUCUAGUUGAGAACAUCGCCCACGGUCUGCGAACGCAAUACCGUAUCGGCUGGAACGGCCCCAACGUCGACACUGUCACGGUCAUCACUCACGGCCAAAUCCUCGUGCCCGCAGCUUUGUACGCCGUCAUUGCUGCGGGAGGUGUCUACUCUGCUGCGAGUCCGUCUUCUACCGUGUCUGAAUUGGCUCGCCAAGUCAAGAUCGGUAAGAGCAACUUGAUCAUUUGCGGAGCGGAGCACGUCGAUGUUGCGUCGAAAGCGGCGAAGGAAUGUGGUCUCCCAUUGAAGAAUGUAUUGCUGCUGGAAUCGGAGAAGGGGAAGUGGGGACUAAAAAGUCUGGAGGGAGAAGUGAACGUCGUGAGUAAAGGCAAGCAGAAGUGGAGGAAAAUCUUCAACCCGCAGGUGUUGAAGGAGAGUCUGAUUGUCAUUCUAUGGAGUUCUGGGACGACUGGCCUCCCCAAAGGAGUGAUGCUCUCCCACGCCAACCUCGUAGCAGAAACCUACCUCAUGGCCCUCUCCGGCCGGGAAUGGGCCGCCACGGAAAUGGAAAAGGGGACCUACACCCCGUCCGAAUACAACACCCUCGCACACCUGCCGAUCAGCCACAUCGCCGGACUCUUCGGAUACAUGGUGUUCCCCUUCUACUCCGCCGGGACCGUGAUCUGGAUGCGGAAAUACGAGUGGAGUAAAAUGCUCGCCGCGUUGAAAGCGUUCAAGAUCACGGCUUUCUACACCGUGCCGUCGAUUUGGUUGCGGAUCUCCAAGGCGAAGGAGAUCACCGAUCAUUUACAGUAUGUCGAGGCUGUGAGCACAGGCGCUGCGCCGAUGGAUAGCGAGUUGCAGAAAGCGGCGAAUGCGAGAGCCGGCGAUGGGAAGAGUUUGUUUAUUGGGCAGACGUGGGGAUUGAGUGAGACGACGGGUGCGGUGACGGCGAUGCCGAAGGGGGAGUCGGAUGAUACGGGGAGUAUUAGUCCGAUUUUGCCGAUGGUGGACUUGAGGAUUGUGGAUGAGGAGUUCAAGGAUGUGGAGCCGGGUCAGGAGGGAGAGCUGAUUGUGAGGAGUGUGUUGGUGACGAAUGGGUAUUUUGAUAACCCGCAGGCGACGAAGCAGUCGUUUCAUGGGGAUUGGUUCUUGACGGGGGAUAUUGGUGUUAUGAGGGAUGGGAAAUUUUAUGUUGUUGAUCGGAAGAAGGAACUGCUGAAAUACAAAGGCCUCCAAGUCGCUCCCGCCGAGCUCGAAAACAUCCUCUUUACCCAUCCGAAAAUCAAAGAAGCCGCCGUGGUCGGCGUGCCCGCUCCUAACGACCCUACCACCGAUCUGCCACGCGCAUAUGUGGUUGCCGUGGACAAGAACGAUAUCUCCGAGGAGGAAGUGAAGGAGUUUGUGAAGGCGAGAGUUGCGCAGUAUAAGCAACUGCGCGGUGGUGUUGUGUUCCUGAAUGAUAUUCCCAAGAAUGCGAUUGGGAAGUUCUUGCGGAGGGAAUUGAGGGAGAGGGCCAAGAAGGAGUUGAAGACGGCGAAGCUGUGA